CCCAAAUGUAGAACAAGCAACAGGCAGAAACAACAGCCGUCGGGAGACCCCUCUCACACGAGAGGUUGAAGCACCUUGGAUUCUUCCUCAUUGCGUGGACCUCCACCUAAAAAAACAAAUGACCGAUAUCAGUUCAAAAUUGUAAACCAGUGGGAUUGUCCUGGUGUAGAUUCAAUUCAUUGGUGGUCUGAUAUCCGGGGCCACAUGACUGUCCAGGCUGGAAGAAUUGAGGUGGCGCUAGUUGACUUUGAGGGGAUGGAGAAUACUAACGGUGUGGACAAUUUCAAUGACCCAGACUAUCCAAAUGAGAUGACGGCUUUGACAGUAGAAAUGCCAGAGUUUGGGCCUGACAGCACCUACUGCAAUUCAUCAAAAGUGUCACCAUAUAAAGAGAGGAUGCCACAAAAUUUAGACAAACCUCAAUCACCGGUCCUGCCCCCUCACACCAGGAGAGGGCGUGCCAGCUGCGCUAGUCUGAUUUCCAACUGGAAAUUACUCCUGAACAGUGAAGGAACGCAAAGUGAGACGAUCUUCAGUAAACUGGCCAAAGAAUACGAGGACUUGUUUAUUGACAAGCGACCUCUCGAUGACGGCGAUCAAAAGGUCAUCAUUAACAUCGCUGGGCUUCGCUUUGAAACCCGCCUGAGGACCCUCGACCAGUUCCCAGACACCCUUCUGGGCGACCCCAUGAAAAGAAUGGGCUAUUUCGACCCCAUGAGAAACGAGUAUUUCUUUGACCGCAAUCGUCCAAGCUUUGACGGGAUCUUGUACUACUACCAAUCCGGCGGGAAGGUCCGGCGGCCUGCGAACGUACCUUUAGACGUCUUCGCGGAUGAGAUCAUCUUCUACGAGUUGGGACAGGAAGCCAUGGACCAGUUUCGCGAAGAGGAAGGAUUUAUCAAAGACGUGGAGGUCCCAUUGCCCUCUAAUGAGUUUUACAGGCAGUUCUGGCUGCUCUUUGAGUAUCCCGAGAGCUCAAACGCAGCCAGAGGGGUCGCCCUGGUUUCCAUCUUCGUCAUCGUCAUCUCCAUCAUCAUAUUCUGCAUGGAGACUCUCCCAGAAUUCAGAGAAGAUAUGGAAAUUUUUCCAACCGCUGGAGUUUCCUUCAACCAGACGUAUCCCUCAGGUGCUCCUCCGAGUGCGUCUCCCAAAACCAUCAGCAGCACCUUCUCUGACCCUUUCUUCUUAUUAGAGACGGCUUGCAUCAUCUGGUUCUUCUUUGAGCUCUCCGUACGUUUCCUGGUUUGCCCCAGCAAGCGGGAGUUUUUCAACAACAUCAUGAACAUGAUUGACAUUGUCUCCAUCAUCCCCUAUUUUGUCACGUUGAUAACUGAAGUCGUGACCACCACCAAUAAGUCCAACACAGGGCAGAAUAUGUCACUGGCCAUCCUACGAAUCAUUAGACUGGUGCGAGUCUUCAGGAUCUUCAAGCUUUCCAGACACUCCAAAGGGCUGCAGAUCCUGGGCCAGACGCUCAAGGCCAGCAUGAGGGAACUUGGCCUGCUUAUCUUCUUUCUCUUCAUCGGCGUCAUCCUCUUCUCAAGCGCCAUCUAUUUUGCUGAGGUGGAUGAUCCCAACACCCAGUUUGUUAGCAUCCCUGAUGGAUUCUGGUGGGCUGUGGUGACCAUGACCACUGUGGGAUAUGGAGACAUGUGUCCUAUUACUUUAGGCGGUAAGAUUGUGGGCACUCUAUGUGCCAUUGCUGUGUUGACCAUCGCCCUGCCUGUGCCUGUAAUCGUCUCCAAUUUUAACUACUUUUACCAUAGAGAGACAGAGCAGGAGGAAAAGCAGCCCAUAGCUGAAUCAACUGAUCAAGCUUUAAAGUCAGGGAAUACAAAACAUGGAAGUAGUUCCUCUCUGAACAAGGCAAAUGGGAGCUGGCAGACUGACAAAUCCAAGUGUUAAACCCAUAUCGAAUUUUAUUUUCAUGAGCGUGAAUCUCAUUAAACAUGUCCAGGUCAUAUUUCACCACAAAAUCAAGACACCCAGAUAGCAUAAUGCAAGAUGACUUCAUAUGGAAAGCAUCUGCUGUGUAUGAACAUCUAAUGAACGUCUUUAUGAUGUCAGUUUUAUUUACAUUCAAAUAGACGUAUUGAAGAUGGGCCAGUAGUA